CCAUUUCUUUUUUUUCAUUUUAUUUUAUCUAUAAAUAAAUAAAUUCACUCUUUGCUGUCACCCAUCAAUCCACUAAUACAUAAAAGUGAUCACCAUAUUCAAUUAUCUUAAUCGAAGUUCCACUGUUAAUUAAUUGAGGAAAAAAAAAAGAUGAUGCUUGUCAACUGUUCCAACUGCCACACACCCUUACAACUUCCACCAGGUGCAAAGUCCAUACGCUGCGCCAUCUGCCGAGCCGUAACUCUUAUCGCUGACCCUCGCACUAAUCCAGCACCACUACCACCACCACGUCCUUCCGCCUACUAUCCUACAGCCCCUGCCCCGCCACCACCACCAACACCAGCUUCUGCCUACAAUAACCACUACUAUCCUCUAGCUCCUCCCCCGUCUCCUUAUAAUUACCACUUAACUUCAGGUCAAAAUUCCUUGUCACAGGGCGCGCGAAAGAGAGCUGUGAUUGUUGGUAUUUCGUAUAAGAACACCAAGAAUGAACUCAAGGGAUGCAUCAAUGAUGCCAAAUGUAUGAGGUUCUUGCUCACCAAUCGAUUCAAGUUUCCUCAAGACUCCAUUCUCAUGCUUACUGACGAAGAGAGAGAUCCAUACAGAAUUCCAACAAAACAUAAUAUAAGAAUGGCAAUGUACUGGCUUGUGCAAGGUUGUCAGGCAGGGGAUUCUCUGGUGUUUCAUUAUUCUGGUCAUGGUUCACAACAGAGGAAUUACACUGGAGAUGAAGUUGAUGGGUUCGAUGAAACACUUUGCCCCUUGGAUUUUGAAACCCAAGGAAUGAUCGUUGAUGAUGAAAUUAAUGCAACACUUGUUAGGCCUCUUCCCCGUGGGGCUAAGCUUCAUGCUAUUAUUGAUGCUUGUCACAGUGGUACUAUGCUUGAUCUACCGUUUCUUUGUAGGAUGGACAGGACUGGACGAUAUGUAUGGGAAGACCAUCGUCCUCAAUCAGGAGCAUGGAAAGGAACAAGUGGGGGAGAGGUCAUAUCCUUCAGUGGUUGUGAUGAUGAUCAAACUUCUGCUGAUACGGAUAGUUUGUCCAAGGUCACUUCAACUGGUGCGAUGACCUUUUCCUUCAUCCAAGCAAUUGAGCACGGACAAGGAACCACGUAUGGAGGUAUUCUAAAUGCAAUGAGAUCUUCCAUUCGCAGUUCUGAUAAUGAUCUAGGGGGUGGCAUUGUGACGUCUCUUCUGACAAUGCUGGUUACGGGAGGAAGUGUUGGCAUUGGAAUGAGACAGGAGCCACAGUUGACAGCAACUGAGCCAUUUGAUGUGUACACCAAGCCAUUUUCAUUAUAGCAGCUUAUCAAGCACCACUACCAACCUACAGUUUUCAACUUUAAUUUCAUAUAGUUGGGUGUUGAGUUCCUGUACAGCUACUAAGAAGGAAUUUUUAGAGUAUUAAGUUUCUUAAGUUCUUCAAUUUCGUACAAAUUAAUCAUUCAUGUAAAACUAUGUUUGUAAUAGGAAUCUCAUCGAAAUUGCUGGAGUAUAAAUCCAUAUUUAGCUUUUCCAGUUUCA